GGACCACGCAAAAUCUCUCUGCUUCCCUGUCUUCCCUCUUUCUCUCUAUCUCUUCUUUCUAUUUCUAUUGGCUAUUACUCCCUAUUUCCUCACUCCGCAUUCCGCAACACAGCGUUUUCUCCAUCACUCUGAUACUUCUGGUCAAUACUCACCAAACCCAUUAAUUCCAUAGAAAAUAUUUAAUUUUCUCGGCUUCAAAAUCCCUCAGAAUCCGAUUUUAUUCCCUUACUUUUUAAUUCUCUCUCUCUCUCUUCCUCUUUCGUCCGUUUCACCCCUUCCUCUCUCUCUCUCUCCCUACCUUGUCGCCUUCCGGUUACCGUUUUCUUGGUUUUGAAUUUUCGACACCACAAUCACAAUGGUUGAUCGGGAAACUCUUCUCUCCGAAAAUCCUAGGGAAUCCGAGAAACCCAUUUUCUAAUUCCUCUGCAUUCUCCUGCUUUCUUUCACGAGAGGAAAAAUAACGCAUCUAAGAAAAACAAAAAAUAAGGAAAAAUUUUUGGUUUGCUUUUCUCACUCGUUCGAGAUCAAUCAACAUGACUCCCGAGGUUCGAUUCCGAUCGCCGUCGCCAAACGGCAAGAGUCGGUCUUCAUUAGAGGAGAAACCGACCGAUUUGAAAACGACAACGAAUGGAGAGAAAAGUGUGAAAAUCAAGCGGUUCGGAGAGGUUGCGGGUGGGACAGCCGCAGAAUGUGCGGCGGUGUGUUGUUGCUGUCCAUGUACGCUGAUGAACCUUUUGGUCUUAGCGAUUUUCAAGAUGCCGGCUUGUAUCUGCCGGAAGGCGAAGAAACGACACCGUCUGGGCAGAAAGCAGCGGUCGUUGUUGGUCCACGCUGGUAGAGAUGACAGGGACGGAGGGGAAUUAGAGGGGGAAUUGCAAGCGAAAGAGAAACAAAAAGCCACUGGCGUUGGUGAUGACGAUGACGAUGGAAAAACUGCUGCCGUUGAUCUAGAAAAGGAGAUGUUGGACCGUUUCUAUGCAACUGGGUUUUGGAGAAGCCCAUCUCAAAGAAGUACGUCAUCGUGAUGAUGAAGACGGCUGAGAGAGAGAGAGAGAGAGAGAGAGAGGGUGAGUAAGGCCUGAGGAUACGAUGAGAAUGAGAGAAGAUGCAAUGUGGGGCCCAAAAUUUACAUGAAAUUGGCAUGAUUGGCCAUGUGGAGGGGAGGCUUGCCAAAGGUCGAAGAAGGUAAAUAUGAGAUAUGACUUCAUCUUAAGAGCCUGGGUCUCAGUAUAUUGCUUCUUGUUUUAUUUUCCCUUUGGUGUAAUUUAUGUGAAAUAUCUUCUUUUCAUUUAAUAAAAUAAAUGAAAAAGAAGAACAACUUCUGAUA